AUGAGCUGGUGGUGGAAAGGUGCCGUUGGAGCUGCCAUGGCAACAUCAGCUGAAAAUGGAGGCUCAAAGAACUUCCAGCAUGUGGCCCUGAUUAUUGGUGUCACAGGUAUUGUUGGAAACAGUUUGGCCGAAAUCCUCCCAUUAUCCGACACUCCCGGCGGCCCGUGGAAGGUCUACGGGGUGGCUCGACGCCCACAGCCACCGUGGAACGCUGAACACCCCGUUGAGUACAUCCAGUGCGACGUGGCUGAUGGGAAAGAAACAUCAGCCAAGCUUUCACCUCUAACUGAUAUAACCCAUAUUUUUUGGGUGACUUGGGCUAAUUUUCCCACAGAAGCAGAAUGCUGUAAAGUGAAUGGUGGCAUGUUGCAAAAUGUUCUUGAUGCAGUGAUGCCCAAUGCACCAAAUCUGAGCCAUAUUUGCCUACAGACAGGGCACAAACACUACAUCGGACCAUUCGAAGCCUUCGGUAAAAUCAAACCCCACGAAACUCCAUUUGUGGAGGAUGAGCCCAGAUUAGAUGUCAUAAACUUUUACUACACACUCGAGGACAUAGCAAUUGAAGCCUGCAAAAAGAAACAAGGCCUAACAUGGUCUUCCCACAGGGCUGCAGUGAUUUUCGGCUUUUCUCCAUACAGUAAGAUGAACUUAAUAGGCUCCCUUUGUGUCUAUGCUGCAAUAUGUAAGCACGAAAACGUUCCCUUCAAAUUUCCCGGCACAAAGGCGGCCUGGAACUGUUAUUCAGUGGCAUCGGAUGCAGACUUAAUAGCCGAGCAACAAAUUUGGAGCUCGGUCGACCCCAUUGGAAAAAACGAAGGUUUUAACUGCAGCAAUGGGGACCUUUUCAAGUGGAAGCAUGUGUGGAAGAUAUUGGCUGAACAAUUUGAACUUGAAUAUGUAGAAUUCGACGAAAAUGAGCCGUAUGUGAGCUUAACAGAAAGGAUGAAAGAUAAAGGGCCUGUUUGGGAUGAAAUUGUGAAGAAAAACAAUCUUGAGGCUACUAAAUUGGAGGAGGUUGCAACAUUCUGGUUUGCUGAUGUGAUUUUCGGUUUUGAGUGUAUGUUGGACAGUAUGAAUAAGAGCAAAGAACACGGUUUUCUGGGAUUCAGAAACACCAAAUAUUCACUCAUUUCUGUCAUUGAUAAGAUGAAAUCACACAAGAUUGUUCCUUGA